GGGCAUCACUUGCCCGCAAAAUUGCAAUAACUCACCAUAAUAUUUCAAAAUAAUUCGACGGAAUUCAUUCGCUCGCGCCGUCUCCGAAACCGAAUCCAUUUCCUGAUCCAGCAAAGGACACAGAGAGAGAUCCCAUCUCGUCCUCGUCGCCUCCGCCUCGUGAGCUCCACUCACCUACCCCACUUCCUCUCCUCGCUUCGGCCGCGGCCCCAAACCCUAACCCUCCCCGCGGCGAUCCCGAUGGCCACCACCUCCCGCCGAUCCCUCCACGCCCUCCUCGGCGGCGGCGCAGUCGCCGACUUGGUGCUGUGGCGGCGGAGGAACGUGUCCGCGGCGGCCGUGGCGGGCGCCACGGCGGUGUGGUUCCUCUUCGAGCGCGCGGGGUACAGCUUCCCGUCAGUCAUGGCCAACGCCCUGCUCCUCCUCGUCGCCAUCCUCUUCUUCUGGGCCAAGUCCGCCUCGCUGCUCAACAGGCCUCUUCCACCACUCCCUAAACUAGAGGUCUCAGAUGUGGUUGUUGAGAAAGCUGCAGAUCGGGCUCUUGUAUGGAUCAACAAGGUGUUGGCUGUUGGCCAUGAUAUUGCCAUCAAGAGAGAUAGGAGUGUUUUUAUAAAGGUUAUAUUGAUUUUAUGGGUGGUUUCAUACAUUGGAAUGCUCUUCAACUUCCUUACGCUCAUUUACAUUGGUGUAAUGUUUUCUCUGUUAGUUCCACCAUUGUAUGAGAAGUACCAGGACCAAGUCGAUGAAAAGAUUGGUAUGGCGCACAGUGUACUAUCAAGGCACUUAGAUACCAUCAUUAGCAAGACUGGAGAAUCAACCAAGCAAAAGAAGACUGAGUAACCGGUGUUUUUGCUACAUUGGGAACCUCUUUUGUCAUAUGUGGUUGGUCAUGAACCUCGUCAGUUACUCUCCAUACCUGUGAACCACCACUGGAAAUAUUCUUGGAUAUCGAAGAUGUCAUGUUUGACUGCUGAUGUAGUUUACAUGCACUCUGUUCAAUUUGAGAAAUGGAAUGCUUUGUAUAUUUUUUCAAGUAACAUGACACAUGCUGAGGUUUAUCAUGGGCACAUAUCUUGUGGAUAAUGAUAUAUACUUUUCCCCUGAAAUCAUUUUCUGUAGCCGGCAUAUACAAAUAUGUUGGUUGCUGGUGCACUAAA